GGUUGGCGGGCUCCAGCCCUGUUUUGCAUAUUCAUGAGGCGGAGCAAGGCAGGCUGAGCGGGAAAGCUUGGAGUCGGUCUUGAAGAGCCGGCUGCCCGCCGCCGUUGGUGGCGUCGACUCGCUGAGGUGAAGGCCGAACCCUCGCUGGGCGCUCCCGGGGAGGAGAGCCUUCGGGUGGGGUUCUGUGGUCUUCGUGCCCAAACUUCUCUGCCCUGUUUACUUGAGAGGUUUGGUGGGAAAGUAUUCCACGGACGUUGAGAGCCUGCUGAGGAAAAGUGUCACUGUGUCCGAGAGUGGAAGAGGACCCGAAGCUUCAGGUUAGAAUUGUUGACGGAAUCCUGACACACUGUGACGAUGACUACUGCUCAGCUCUCUCAUGACACCAGGACACUAAAGGCGUCUAAGAGUACAAUUUUCCCAACCCAAAUCACUAAUGAGCAUGAGUCGCUGGUAAUGGUGAAGAAACUUUUUGCUACUUCUAUCUCAUGUAUAACAUAUUUGAGGGGCCUGUUUCCAGAGAGCUCCUACAGAGAUCGACAUUUGGAAGACCUCAGUUUAAAAAUUCUACGGGAAGACAAAAAGUGUCCAGGGUCAUUACAUAUUAUUAAAUGGAUUCAAGGUUGUUUUGAUGCUUUGGAAAAGAGAUACCUUCACAUGGCAGUGCUAACACUAUAUACAAAUCCCAAGGAACCUGAGAAAGUGACUGAGAUAUACCAAUUCAAAUUCAAAUACACAAAAAAGGGAACCACUAUGGACUUUGACAGUAGUAGUACAAGCUUUGAAAGUGGGACAAACAGUGAAGAUAUUAAGAAAGCCUGUUCCCUACUGAUCCGCCAAUUGUAUAUACUGAUGCAGAACCUUGGACCCCUUCCUAAUGAUGUUAUACUUACCAUGAAACUCCAUUAUUAUAAUUCAGUGACUCCAUAUGAUUACCAACCCCCUGGCUUUAAAGAAGGGGUGAACUCACACUUCCUCCUAUUUGAUGGGGAGCCUGUGAGCCUUCGAAUGGGUUCAGUCUCCUCUGGCUUUCACAGCAUGAAAGUAAAAGUCACAACAGAGGCCACUAGAAUGCUCAGUGGGGAGAACAGUCCUGCCCAGGAGACCGGCACUACUGAGAUAGCUCAUCAGGGGCUUGACUGUGAUGAGGAAGAAGAGGACUGCAGCAGCCACACUCAAAGAAUGAAUUUUGUGCACAUCGAGCCAAGCUUUGAAAGCUGCAGGAAGAAGAAGAAGGUCAGUGAGCCAUUGAAAGUCUUCAUCCCUAACAGAAAAUGAAACUUCGGUGCCUUUACUACGUCUGUUUUGCAAAAACAUGUAGGAAAUGUUGUAACAGGAAAGUAAGUUCUUAUCACCAAAACUUUUUUUUAAGUUUUGCUCAGAUUUUUUUGUACUCAGUUUACUAAGCUGCCAAGCUGUUGAGCAGGACAUGGGUUCACUUUGCCAGAAGAAAACAAGAUCACCAGGGCUGCUGUGGGAUGGCAUUAACUCACAGCCAAGUUACAGAUGAGAUACACUUUGUAUUUGCAAAAGAACCACAGCAGUUAUUUUGAAAAGAAAUGAGCUGCUGUUCUUAAAGAAAAUGGUUUUUUUUCUUUACAUAAUUAAACUCCAGGUAUCUAAACUACUGUGAAAUAUUCUGACUUGUUGUAACCUGUGUGUUGGAAUCCUUCUAUAGUUUUAUUAAAACUCAAACAGAGUAGCAUAGGAUAUGCAUGGAGGUGCUUAGCCAGGUGUGAUUUAUAUGUUGACUUCAAUCACAAGGUUGAUCAGCAGCAUGUGGACCAAGAUACCCUCCCUGUGAAAUUCCUCAGCUCUGUCCCCAGGCCCUGUUUUGUUGGCCAAUCCCAAACAGCUGACAUACCACAAUUCCAGAGUCUGGUUGGUUCCCUUGUAAGGACUAUGUUGAAUAUUUUCCAAAAAAUACUUGAGUUUAUCAAUCUGUAACUUUCAGGAGAUUCUAUUUGUCCUUUCCCUAUUCUGGAAGAAUUUUGAUUGGCUUAAUGAUUAAUACAAUAAGAAUAAUAAAUGACUUAAAGAAU